UAAAGUAUUUAGUCUGUGUACUUACUGUAGCGAACGCGACAUAGAUCGGGAUUAAAAAGCUUUUUGGUUAAAACAUUGAAGAAGAUAAACGUUUUCAAUAAACUGCUAAAAUUGUUGAUGAUAUAUAUUAAAACAACAUUAUCGAAAUAAAACCAAUACAGAGAAGAAGUUACUAGCACAAUGGCAGUAAAUGUAUACUCAACCAAUGUUACAUUGGAAAAUUUAUCGCGUCAUGAUAUGUUGGCGUGGGUGAAUGAUGCUCUGCAGUCGAAUUUUUGCAAAAUCGAGGAACUUUGUACUGGAGCUGCAUAUUGCCAAUUUAUGGAUAUGUUAUUUCCUGGCAGUGUACCCAUGAAACGCAUUAAGUUUAAGACUAACUUAGAACACGAAUAUAUACAGAACUUUAAAAUAUUGCAAGCAGCUUUCAAAAAAAUGGCUGUUGACAAGAUAGUACCCAUUGACAGACUGGUGAAGGGUCGAUUCCAAGAUAACUUUGAGUUCUUGCAAUGGUUCAAGAAAUUUUACGAUGCCAACUACAGUGGCUCGCCAUAUGACGCGGUGGCGCAGCGUGAAGGGCUGCCAAUGGGGCACGGAACGGCGGGCGCGGCGCCCCGACAGAUGCCGUCUGUAAAGAAGCCGGCUGCGCCCAUUGCUAAAGUCGCCGCUAGACCCCAAUCCAUCGUGAAAGCAAACAACACUGCAAUCCGAUCGCCUCCAUCCAAUUUAAGGCUAAAUCAAAAUGCAAAGGGGGACUCCAGGGUUAUUGAAGAACUCAAUCUUCAGGUAAAUGACCUGAAAGCAUCAUUGGAAGGUCUUGAGAAAGAGAGAGAUUUUUACUUUGGUAAGCUGAGGGAAGUUGAAUUAAUUUGUCAAGAAAUGGCAGGACAGCCCAAUGUUGACCUUGUAAAGCAAAUUUUGGAUAUUUUAUAUGCAACUGAGGACGGAUUUGCACCACCAGAGGACUUGGAUGGUGACAACCCUCACCCACCAGAGGAGGAUGAGUAUUGAAGGAGUUCAUCCGUGCUCACUGUACAUAAAUAUAUCAAAAUUUAAUAGCUUCACUAUCGACAGCACUCUGUGCUUAGUAUUUCACAGCCAAUAAGUCGUAACCCUUAGACUUUGCUAAUUGAUUUGUUACAUUUAUGUAUGUGUAAAGGAUUUAAAUAAUUAAGAACCUUAUUCAAGAAACUUAGAUUUAUUUCUGUUUUAACUAAACUCGAUCAGCCUCUGCAUAAUAACUAGCACAUUUUCACAAUGGACAAGUGUUUAGUUAAACAGUAAAAAUUUAGUUUUAAUAAGCGACCAGUUGCCAGAGAAUUAAUUGAAGUGCAGGAGUCAUACUUAGUGCAGUUCAAUUCUGAAUCUUACACAAAGUCAAGAACAAAAUAGGUUGAUUAAAAUAACUGUCAACUAAUAACCAUUUCCAAAUUAUUAGACCUUGAAGUUUGACCUUGUAAAUGUAGGUACUACAGUUUCUUGAACCUUAUUUAGACGUCAGUUUAAUUAUAUGCGUAUAAUUUUAAUUAUAUAUAACCGUUUCAUGAUAACAAACUCCGUGAGAAUUAGGACUGAGAACGUAACAUAAUUUAUUCCUUUUAACUGGUUUUUAAUUGAUACAUAAUAUAAAUGUAACAUCUCACAAGCAAAUAUAUUAUAUUAGAACAAUGGUAAAGCAGUGGCCCAAAAUGGCUAAUAAAGUUCCUAUUCUCAAUUCCUUAAAUGCCUACUCAAUACAAAUCGUUGACAAUUCGAUAUACUAUAAUACUGUUAUGGCUGUGGUAACUAAGUGCGGAUUAUAUUGAGCCUGUAUUUUUUAAUGACUCUUUUUUUCGGUUUAAUGACUUCACUCUUCGUUCAUAGCUUUCGCGUAUUAAGUGACAAUCGGAUAUCUAAUGCCGUUGCUAUGGUAUAGAAAAUUGUCUACAGUAUUUAAAUAACGUUGUAAAUACUCAUCAUGUAGAAGUGAAAUUAUUUUUUAAAUCAUAUUUACUAUCUAAUUUUUGAAUGCAAUUGUCAUGUAUCCUCAUUUCCUACAUUAUACCAAUAAGGUGUGCUCGACAAAUAUAGACCUGAAAUAAGGUGUUUAUGUACAUACUCAAGUUGUGUCAUAAGUACUAGUUUUGCAUAUAACAUGACUAACAUAAAUAUUUGUCUUGCUCAAGACAAUUUGGUAAGUGCAAUGAGUUGUUUUAACCUUCAAUUUGAACCAAAAGUAACCACCUGCUGAGGAUCUGAUAUGGUGCAGAUGACUGGCAUUCAUUUUUGGGCCACUGGCUGUAAUAACGUGCAUUUAAUAGGUUGUUAUGAUAUGGAAGAGAUUUAAUGUUAAUUGUUACAUUGGUUCGGCUGAAUGUACUUGGUAACUUCAUAAAUUAAUAUGUAUUUGAUUGGGUUUUAUUAAUUGGUUGCCUGUUGAAAUAAAACUUACAUGGGAAGAUACAACAGAACUAUGUUUAUUAAACAAUUAUAUGUUUAUUGUAUCCCAUUAAAAUAAGAACGAAAAUAAAUGCAACUAUUUUAUUAAGUAAAUUUAUUUGGAUAUUGGUUAAUGAAAAACAAGUAAUUUAUCUAGAUCUGAAUGCUUAGAAUUGAGAUAAACAAUUAUUGAACAUUGUGAUGGAAUUAAUAAUCGAAAUUAGUAUAUAGAGUAGGGCCUUAUUUAACACAUAGACGUCUGAAGUUUGCACCAAGAUUAACAAUAAAAUUAUAAUUCAAUUGGUUAAAUAAUUUUAGUUGUGAUGUUUAUAACAUAUAAAGUACCGAACGACUUGUUGGCGAUUUAAUUUGCAUAUGACAACUUUUAAAAGUCUUCGUUGGCAUACUGUAAUGCCAACUAGGACUUGACAUUGUGAAAUCCUUAAAAAUAAAAUUACUUCAUUUAAA